AUGAAGUUGGUACCCUAUGCUAAUGCACUUGGAAGCAUCAUGUAUGCCCAAGUUUGUACUAGACCAAAUAUUGCUUUUGCAACAGGACUUCUAAGCAGAUACCAGUCCAACCCUGGUCACGAUCACUGGGUUGCUACGAAGAAGGUUUUGAGGUACUUGAAGAGGACAAGAGAUUAUAUGUUGAUCUACAUACGUGUUCGAGCCCUACAGCUAGUAGGGUUUUCAGAUUCUGACUUUGCUGGCUGUCAGGAUGACAGGAAGUCCACAUCAGGUUAUAUUUUCUUAAUGGCAGGAGGGACAGUGUCGUGGAAAAGCACGAAGCAGAGAAUGAUUACUUCUUCAACUAUGCAAGCAGAGUUUGUAGCAUGCUAUGGGGCAGCUACUCAGGCAGUUUGGCUAAGGAAUCUCAUAAGGGAGUUGACAGUGUUUGAUUUUGUGGAUAGACCUAUUCAAUUGUACUGUGCUAACAAUUCUGCUGUGUUAGUUAUCAACAACAAUAAAGGUAUCAUAGGGUCUAAACACAUGGAGAUCAAAUAUUUGACCAUCAAGGAAAGGGGAAGGUGA